GUAAAACGUAACAAACAAACGACGAACGAGAAACGCAGUCGCGGUAUAUUUGAUGCUUGGUGGUGUAUUGCUUGUUGGUUUUUAGUGGAAGUGAUUAAUAAAAAUUGUGAUUGUUGAACGAGAAUCUGACCCAAUAGUCCCUUCACUCUCCUGUCCCCAAGAAAAUUCAAAUCACAAAUAUGGACGGGCGCCUUGAGCAGAAUCGUUUGAACGAUGAUUCAAAUUUACAGAUUACCAUUAGACUGAUAAUGCAAGGAAAGGAGGUCGGCAGUAUUAUUGGGAAAAAAGGUGAAAUUGUUAAAAGGUUUCGAGAAGAGAGUGGUGCCAAAAUAAAUAUUUCCGAUGGAUCGUGUCCGGAAAGAAUUGUUACAGUCAUAGGAUCAACAAAUGCAAUUUUUAAAGCUUUUACAUUAAUAUGUAAAAAAUUCGAGGAGUUUCAGGAGAUCAAUAGUGGUAGCAGCUCGGUACCACGUCCUCCAAUCACACUACGCCUAGUAGUUCCAGCCAGCCAAUGCGGCUCUUUAAUUGGAAAAGCAGGGUCCAAAAUAAAAGAAAUAAGAGAAGUAACUGGAGCGUCGAUACAAGUAGCCUCUGAGAUGUUACCCAACUCUACCGAGAGAGCUGUCACUAUUUCUGGUACCGGAGAAGCAAUUACGCAAUGCAUUUAUCAUAUAUGUAAUGUUAUGCUCGAGUCCCCUCCCAAAGGAGCAACCAUCCCUUACCGCCCCAAACCCCAAGUAGGUGGUCCCGUAAUCCUAGCCGGUGGACAGGCCUACACUAUCCAAGGCAACUACGCCGUUCCCGCCCAUACAGACAUCGCAGGUUUGGGAAAAAGUCCUCUUGCAGGUCUAGCUGCAUUAGGAUUGGGCGGAUUGGCCCCUGGUGGAGCAGGAGGAUUGAAUCCAGCAGCUCUGGCUGCUUUGGCAGGAUCGCAGUUAAGAACCGCAAAUUCCAGAAACCAACAGAACUCAAACCAACAGACACACGAAAUGACCGUUCCAAAUGAAUUGAUCGGUUGCAUUAUCGGUAAAGGAGGCACCAAAAUUGCAGAAAUAAGACAGAUUUCCGGAGCUAUGAUCCGCAUUUCAAAUUGCGACGACAGAGAAACUGGAACUUCGGAUCGUACGAUUACAAUCACUGGAAAUCCUGACGCAGUAGCCUUGGCGCAGUAUCUCAUCAAUAUGAGGAUAUCUAUGGAGACAGCAGGACUGCCUCUACCAGGCUACCACUACAUCGCUCCAAACCACAUCGUGAAGGCCCCCAUUCAUUGAAGACCACCCGCAAGCAAAGAUGUAAAACUGGGUGAGCCCCAAGUUCAGUAGUUGGUGUACGCAUUCACCUCAAUCAUAUCGAAAACGUCGUCGCCUGAUCUGUGAAAUUAUACUGUUUGACAAUAUGUCGUUUAUAAUCUUGAUAAACUAAAAAAAUCAACAAGAUUGGUACUGGGGAACAAAGCCAAAGAUUUUUAUUUUCACGUUUUAUAAUGUACAUUUAUAUGAUAUAUUUAGAUAAAACUCAAAAGGUUUUCAUUUUUAUUUGUUAAGUAUUAUGCUAGUUAGUUCCAUUUUUCGAAAUCCAGACAAACUAAUAUUUUUACAAACAGUUAAAUUGUUGCAGAUAUAUUAAUGUUUUAUAGUUAACUUAUUUGUUUAUUGUCCUGUUCAAAAUGUCAGUCGUUAAUUAUAAGAGUAUUUUAAAACAGUAACGGACAACUGUCAAAUGGCCACUGUCAAACGUUUGAUGUCAGUUUUCAAAUUGUGACGGCAUCUUUUGUGUGGGUCGAUGUCAGAGUUAGUUCACAACUAAUUGCUUUAAUUUCUGAAUACUUGCAAACUACGUACACAGUGCUAGCCAAAGGUCUCCUCCCCCCUCGUAUCUUUUGAACAAUAGAGAAAUUUGGAGUGAGAGAAGAAACGCACGUAGGCUUCUCCGCAGGUGACGUAAUAGUGAUAGAUGACGUUACAGAGCCACUGUGACCUAUAAUUUUGAAUAGGACCUUAUGGUAAGUGAUAUAUUUUAUCUCAUUUGAAAGGUACUGAAAAUACCUAUUCAAUCGUACUAAUUUUGUUUGGGCUUAGUGUGUACUAAUUUAAACCUAAACAAAAUUAGUAUGAUUGAAUGGGUAUGCUCAAUACUUUUCGAACGAGAUAUCCCUUGCCAUAAGUUCCCAUUGCUUCUGUCACAGCGUCUUUUUAACGUCAUCUUUUACGUCACCUGUUAUAACUAGUUGAGAAGACUACGUCCGUUUAUUUCCUCCCUCCAAAUUUGACUAUCAUAAGUAUAACCGUUCAAAGGAUUCCAAGGGGAGGAGACUUCUGACUAGCACUGUAUAAUGUAUUUAAUAUAUCGUGGAUUUUAAUUGAUUUUCUUGAUUGAUCUCUUUUGUAAUCACUAAUUUUGGGUAAUGUCCAAUAGCUUCAAACUACUUUGGAUCUUCUCAUUUUAGAGAUACUAAAGUUACUACAAUAAGUCUUAAAACUUGUGAAGUGACUGGUGUAAUGUGUAAUGUUUAUUUGCAUAACAAAUUCCCAAUUAUAAUAAAAAGUAUACGAAAUUUUACGAUACGCGCAUUACGUUUGGAUUCUUUCCUUCUUAUUGAAAAUUAUGAAAAUUUUGACAGUUGUCCAUUACAUAAAAAUCAUUAAUAAUGUGAUAUAAACUGGGUAUAAAACUGCCUUCAAUUUAGAGGUUUUCGGGAUGAAAUUUUAGAAAAUACCAUCGUAGAUUCCUGUAGAUUUGUUUUCAGAAUUAAAAAUUACACGGUUUUUAACAAAAAUACUUAAUUGCCUCCCUAGGUACUCUUGCUCAGUGCUGUUUUGGUUAAAUGAAAUAAUGUGAAGGAAACUAACAUACAGCUUAAAAAAUAAUAAAAUGGUUACCAAGAUCAAUAUAAUUAUUAAAACAGAUUGAAAAAUCACUUACUCGGUUAUUGGAUUGGAUCCCAUGUAUUUUGGCUGCCUCUAGCUACAUCUUUAGGGAGCUUCAGAUUGAUUCAUAUCAUAAUCACUUCUGUUUGGGGCUUGUGAAGUUCCAGUUUUAUACUGUCGAUGGUAGAUGGCUGCGCUUGGCUGAUUAUUGGCGCAUGAGAGAGGGUUUUAAGCAGGCUAAUUUGGCAGAAAUAAUGGACUGGACUGUGGUAUUUAUAGGUCUCCAGGUUGACAGAAAUUGGUGAUCAUCAUCUGUUUUGUUGACAGUUGCGACGUUUUUGCAUUUAAGAGAAUUCUUUGCUGAUCCCUGAUGUGAAAUAUGAUCGUAAGCUGUCCAAAACUGGAAGUCUUCGAUUUUGACUGUACAUAUAUUUUACUAACUGAAACCCUCAUAUAAACAACAUAAUGAAUGAGAAUAUCGUAACUCCAAAUGAACGUAGAUUGGAAAAUCUUGACAAUACAAUGUCUGAUCCAUCUUUACAUUUAAUUAACCUCGUAUUACUUUAUUUACUGACUGCUUACAUCAACACACAACACUAUUAACUACUGCCAAAGAACUUGAAAAUCGCAUCAUCAAAAGAUCUAUUUCAGGCAAACAUUCUUCCAUUCAGUAAGACACUCAACGCCUGGAUAAUAUGGUACGAUUCAAUUUUGGCCAAUCAUAUAAAACCUAAUAAUAAGGCCCAUCGAACGAUUUGAUCUAGCUCUCGCUUCCCAGCAAUCAUUAAAUAAACAAAUAGCCAAAGUGCUUUUCGCUUAGAAGGUUUAGGAUGUUUAUAUGAGAAACUUUCUUGUCAAUGUUUUGAAAAUGCAAAUCUUCUAUGGGUUGCGGUAGGUAACCAUAAAAAUUUUAUGAUAUACAGGGUCAGAUAAAAGUUAGUGUUUUCUGAAUUAAAUAGAAUUUAGAAAAUUGUAACUUUUGGAUCGUUACACAGUUUCUGUUGCAAGAGUACCGAUACAAUUGUUAAUACUUACCUAUGAAUAAUAGUAAAAACCAGUAACUUCACUCAAUACCAAAUUUGCUCAAAAACUGUACUGUUCUUUAAAACACCUCCGGUUACCGGAGCUUUAAUAAGUAGACCGCAGCAAUAAUUCUAAAGUAUGAAAAGAUUGUGAUAAAACAGUAUAGAAUAAAAUUUUAUCUAAAUUUAAGACAGGACAAUAAGUGAAUUAUAUUGUUUUUAGAAAGUACGGUGUUCUAAGUUAGAAAAAAUAGACAGAGCUGCCAAUGAAUUCAACUAUUACUGGAAAAAUGUCACUGGAUGUUUAACUUUGUAAUCUAAAUGUUUUUAAAUGUGAGAAAUAUCCAGUGCUUUAAUGUAUUUGGUAUAUUUAGGUAUCCAGUAAUACGUGAAUGUAAAUCGUCUGUUCUGUGAGAACAGAACAAUGCAAUAGUAAAAGUUUUUGAUCAUUUAAAAAUCACAACAAAUGUUAAAAUUAUGAGUUUUAAUGGCUUACUCGUUCAAUGUGGCAAAACAGUUAUUGGGAAUUCAAAUUAACAAUAUCUGGAGUGUUUUCUAUAUCCAUGUGAAAAUAUAAGUACAGUAUAUAGGUAGUAACACUUUUACAAAAAAAAACAAAAAAACUUGACAAGCCAGGAGAGAUGUAAAUCUCCAACUUACAUAUUGAGGGGAUUAAAUAUCUUACGAAGGUGCCAGAGAAUCUCAAAUAGAUCAGAAUCAUGAUAGGUUACACCAAGUAACAUGAUAGGUUAGAACAAUACUAAACCCCGUAAGAAACCAAGAAAAAAACCAAAAAUAAAUUGAGGAACUAUGUAGAACAAAUUGAACAAGUUUUUAAGAAAUGAAUCUAAUGACGAGAGAAGCAUGUAAAACAUAGAUAGUAUAUGAACGGCUAAGAAAGGCAUAUAACGAUCGAGAGGAAGAAAAUGCAAGAGAUCCAGGAUAAAAAGCUUAAUGAGACAUAAAGACACAGAUUUUCUACACAGUAUAUCAAUUAAAAAAGAUUUUAUCUGUAACUUGUACAAAUAACUUUAUUGAAUAUUGAACCAAAGUAUUAGUGAAGAAGUAAACAUUGUAUAUUUCGCGUUUCUUUAUCUAGUAGUAGAUAUAAGAAGAGAGACCGCAACAAAAGCAGCAAGAGUAAGUGGUUGCCUCCGAGAAACCAUAUGGAGAAACAAAUAUCUGACCACGGAAAGCAAAAUAAAAGUAUACAAGACAACAGUAAGACCUAUCCUAACAUAUGCAGCGGAGACAAGGAACGAUACAAGAAAGACGAAACAACAAAUCAACAAUAUCGACAUGAAAGUAUUAAGAUCAAUAGCGUGCAUAUCCUUAAGAGACCGACAAAGCAACAGAAGCAUACGAGAACGAUGCAAAAUUCAAAAUAUUAACAGGUGGAUAAAAACAAGAAAGAAAAACUGAAACGAACAUGUAAACCGAAUGGAUCCAGAUAGAUUAUCUGUAAAAACAACAAGCCGUAUAGCAGAGGACCCGUUGGAAGGCCGCCGAAAAGGUGGAAAGACAAUGUACAGUCAACAACAACUGAGGCAGAUAAACAGGAGUAAUCCUAAUCGCACGAAGAAGAAGAAGAAGAAGAAGAAAAUAUAGAAAAAUUCCCGAUACUAUUCCUUUUUAAACUUUAUGUCUACCUUACCACACCAUUAUUAUAAAAUUUCUUAUAAAUGUGUUUGGCCUAGUUAAUACAUCUCUCCCUUUAUUUAUAAAGCAGAAUCUCAAUAAUUUAUUAAUGCAUUGGACUACUCUUAGAACUUUUAUUGGCGUUGGUGGCAGCUCUGGUAGUAUAUUAAAUACAGUAUUGUUAUGAAACUUACGGGGUGACAUGGGCACUUUACGAUUGCAAGUAUCAGUGUCGAGUUAGAAUCGUAUAAAUUAGGCUGUGGUACAUAGUAUUUGAUAGUAUUUAGUGUUUCUUCCAAAAUUCGUGUGUGCCAAAAUAUAUCACAACUUUGCUCAUCUUAGGCUGCAUAUGUUAGAAAGGUGCAUAACUUACCCAAUCACUGUACUUUUUUUAAUCGAGAUUUUAAUCUUCUUUAUGUGCUGUGCUUGUUUUCAACCGUUGGCUAUCGUCGUAUAUUUUUAAAAGGUAUAAAAUAUUUUUCCCAUAAAGCAACUAGAUACGUCUGACUAGAUAGAUGUCAUUUAUUUAUAUUCAUGUUCAUUCUAACGUUUUCUGUUAAAAACCAGUAAUUUCGUUUACUUCAGUAUUUUCCUGAGAAUACGUUUUACCUUUUUUACAAGAUCUUCGUGUAGCCUCUUCAUUAUUGGUAUUUUUGUAGUCACUAUAACACUUAUUCAGUUAAUUAUUUACAUUUUACCCGGGUGUCUAAACAAUAAUUCUGCGUGCACAAAAUUGUGUUACUAGAGCUCGAAAAUGAGUAACUCUUUCGCAAUAAGUGUAAACAACAUAGUUUUACUCAAUGCGUGGCACUAGUGCAGUCGAUUACUUCACAGUUAUCUCAGAAUUCAUUGUUUGCAGUCUUUAUUCAUCGUAACGAAUAAAGGAUAUUACUUUUUAUUAGCUUGUCAUACUCCGUUCGGAAGGCACGUAAAGCCAUCGGUCCCGGCUACGUAAGUAGUCGUUAAAUCAUGUUAAGGGCGCUUGCGCGACCUGAAAACCCUGAGACUAAACUUUAGCUGGAAGGUUACACGAACUUACAAUAAAUCCAUUCGUUACAAAAGAAAAACAUUCUUCACAUGUAUCGUAGAUACAUGGACAUGAUUUAUUAGUAUAUUUCUCUGGAUUUAUGAUCAUCUAAAUUUUUUUGUACAUAUAAUAAUUGUACGAAUAACUUCACAACAAAUGAAUAAUUCGCAAUGCUCGAUUCCAUCGCAAUAAAUAUCUUGAAAUAAAUUUGAACAACCAACUUUUAUAUAUAACAGUAGCAAUGAUAGAACAAUUAACUAAUUAACAAAAUUAUAAAAUAUCGGAAGAAUGGAGAACGAGCGAAUUAAUUCUAUUAUUCCUCUAUAAAGAGGAGAUAAGAAACAGCCAGAAAACUACAGAGGUAUCAACUUAUUAAAUACUACCCUAAAACUUACAACUAAAAUUUUACAAGAACUAAGGAUAAGAGGAUACUGAAUCAGAGGAUAAGUUUAGCAGAUGAACAACAGGGUUUUCGUACUGGAAGAUCGUGUAAGAUGCAAUACUCUACAUAAAUCAAAUUACAUAUGUACUGAUAAAUCACUAGAGUAUAAUAGAGCAGCAUUUCUAUGUCUGAUUAAUUUGAAGAAAGCAUUUGACAGGGUAAGACUCGAAGAAGUAAUCGAUCUUCUGUAUAAUAAAGAAGUUCCCCUAUAUAUUAUAAAAACUAUUGAAAACAUCUACCAAAACAACAAACUGGAAGUCAGAAUAGAUGGGCAUCUUACAGAACCUAAAGACAUACGCAGAGUUCAUUGAGCUCUAUGCUCUUCAAUUUAAUCAUGGAUGAAAUCAUCAAAAGCGUCAACAAAGGAUGAGUAUACAGAAUGGGAAACAUAAAUAAAAAUACUCAGUUACGCAGAGGACGCAAUAAUGAUAGUCUAAGAUGAAGAUAGUCUGCAAAGAUUAGUCCACAGUCUUGACAUAAGAGCAAAAUAAUUCAAUAUGACAAUUUCAUCUUAGAAAACUAAAAGAAUAGUAAUCAGUACAGAACCAAUCAGAUGUAAAAAUAGAAAUUGAUGGCAUCAGUAUUGAACAAGUAAUGGAAAUAAAAUACCUUGGAAUUACACUUUCCAGCUAUGGAGACUUGGACAAAGAAGUGAGAAAUCAAGUACAAAAAGCAAAUAGACUGGCAAGAUGCCUUAAUAACACUAUAUGGCGAAACCGACAUACCUAUUAACACUGAGAUGAAGUGAAGAAUUUAUAAAGUCGGUACAGUAACCUGCUUAUUAGAAUAGGCUUCGUGCCAAGCAAAAAUAUUCUUAUAAGCGGGAUAUUCUAAUAACCGAUCAUUGGUGGCUAGCUGAAAUAAGUGUACCGAAUAUACGUUAUUAUAGUACAUACUAUGUCAAUAUAUAUAUGCAUAUGGUUUUAGGUCUUUUUAUGUAAAUAAAAAUUUAUAAUAUAUUUACAAAAAUAAUUACGAAACGAUUAGACAAUAAAUUGGAAUUGGGUUUUAGAAAAGACUUUCGAACAAACGAUCAACUAUUGGUAAUAAAUAAUCUUAUAGAAAAAUGCUGUUUCUAAAAACGGCCAAGUGUGUGGCAAUGUACCUAUAAAAAUUUGUAGACAAAUGAAAUUAUUUUAUGACCUUGUCGGCAUACGAUUGAAUUUUCUGUGGGAAAGAGGCGUUUACUUAUAACACAGUAAUAAAGUGUUUAUUAGGUACCUGACAAACCGUAAUAAUAUACAAAACAGCAGGCUUUCCAUGCUCUUACCGACAAAACAUUAUAUCAGGCAAAUUUAAAAUUUUUAGGAAAUUGUACCUAAGAAUUUAUUUGUUGACCUGCAAAAAUUAUUCUAAAAAGCGAUAUUAGGUUACUAAACCAUAUUCCAAUAAACGGAUAAAUUUAUUAAAGAGUAAAUGGAAACGUUUCAGGACCUCGAAUUUAUAUUCCAUAAACCGGGAUAUUCCUAUAAGCGGGUUCGACUGUAUAACAAUAUUGCAUCAGAAACUAGAUCUGAUACAGCCACAAUACAAAGACUACUACAAACGGCAGGGAUGAGAGUACUGAGAAGAAUUACAGGAAAUACACAGAGAUCGAAAGAGGAGUGAAGACAUUAGAAGAAAAUGUAACAUAUAAACGAAUGGACACUAAAUAAAAAAAAGAAUGGAAUAUCCUCAUAAGCAAAAUGGGGGAGACACGUGUGGUCAAAAUAGCAAGAGAUAAAUCGGUAGAAGUAUCGGCCGACCGCGCAAUAGAUGGAGUAACAGCCUUCCAUACAGUUCCAUCCUUCCAUCAAUCCGCCAAUGAACAAUCAACAAUGUUUACAUUUUUUGCCUCCUUAUUUGUUCCACCUAGCAACACGCGCACUAAUUUAAAAAAAUGGGCUUCACUUAUUUUUCCAAGUUCUACGUCUAGUUUAUUAUUACUACAUCUAUGUGUGUAGAUACUUGAUGGAAUAUAUUAUGUUGUGUUGGUUAUAUUAGUGGAUUCUUUCAGGAUAAAUCGAUUAUUGCAUAAACCAAUUCUUUCAAAUAAAAGGAUUUUUUCGAAAUACAUAAUCACUACUUUAUUUUACAAAUUAAGAGGAUUGAAACGUAAAUUUCUUGCUGGAAGGUUCAGCUUCAGAAUAUCGAAGUAUAGUGACUGGGUAAUUUUCAAAAAAUUAAGUAUUGACAAUCUCAUCAAAAAUGCUCAUUUCACUCGACUAUUCUAAUAAAAAUCAAUGCAAUAUUUUUGCAAUUAAGACGUACGUUUAUUUGUAAAUAGCGGUAGUAUUAAUGUGAUCACUUAACUGGAGUUUGCACUAUCGCAACAUGUUAUAAUAAUUUUAAUUUUGUUUUAGUGUGAAUAGAUUCGCGAGGAGUAUGUACACAGUAUAUCGAACGUGUAUAAAAUUGCAAGUUCCGAAACUACGAGGGUCGUUCGUAAAAAAACGUUCACUACGCCGCUGAGAAGAAAUGCGACGUAGUGGGAGAAAUCUGGCAACACUGUUUUACGCAUCAGCUUUUUCUCUCUCUUAUCCCACCACUCAGGCUUCGCUGUAUUGCUCAGUGCUGGCUUAGCAGUCUUCGAAGAUGGGGCUCCCGAUCGUUGUUACCACCAGAUGCGAAAUUCUUUCAACAAGGAAUCGACCUUUAUCCUCAUGGAACAACAGUUAAGUGUAACAAAUAUUCUUCUUCUUACGGUGCCUUAUCCUUAAGGGCGUUGGCCAUUACAUUUGCCCAUUUAACCUUAUUUGCAGCCGCCCUGAAUAGUGCUACGUAGGUCAGACUCGUCCAUUGUCGUAGGUUUUUAAGCCAAGAGUUGCGUCUUCUUCCUAGUCCCCUUUUGCUCUUGAUUUUUCCUUCGAUUAUAAGUUAGAGCAGUUCAUACUUUUGAUUUCUUAUGAUGUGACGAAAAUAUUGUGUUUUCCGUUCUUUUAUUAUAAGCAUAAGCUCUCUUUCCUUAUUCAUCCUCCGCAAGACUUCCGCAUUUGUCGUAUAGCUCAUGUAGGAUAUUCUGAGCAUUUUAUGAUAGCACCAACAUUCGAAUGCUUGGAUUCUCUUUUGUAUUGCUUCUGUUAUUGUCCAGGCUUCAACACAAUAAAGCAAGGUGGAGAAAACAUAGCACUUAAGUAUACUAGUUUUCAAUGAGAUAUUCAACUAGCGGUUGCAUAGAACUUUUUGCAUUUUGUAAAACACUGUACGUGUCUUCUCCAGACGUGUUCUGAUCUCGAAUGAGUGGUCCCAAGUUUUAUCAAGGUUACUUCCAAGGUACGUUAUUCUUGUUACUCUUUCCAGAUCUGUUCCGUCGACAUUGACCUUCACCCUUCUGAUUUGAUGCUUGCUGAUGACCAUCGUUUUUGUCUUCUUUGUAUUCAAUUUCAUCCCAAAUUCUCUACAGGCUGUCGUUACUCCGUUCAUUAGGCGUUACAGUGUUUCAGCAUUAUCUGCCAAAAUGACCGUGCCAUCAGCGUAUCGCAGGUUAUUAUUGCCCGUUUAUAAUUAUACCACCCGAGGUGCCUUCCAAAGCUUUCUUAAAUAUCUUUUCAGAGUAAACGUUAAACAGCAAAGGUCCCUGUCUUACUCCCUUCUCGAUAUUGAUUUUUCCAGAUGUUUCGCUUUUUAUUCUGAUUUUAGCCUUUUGUUAUUGGUAGAGGUUUAAAAUGAUCCUUUACUCUUUAUCGUCGAUAUUACAUGACUUAAAAUAUCUAUUAGUUUAUCAUGUUUUACCAGGUUAAAAGCUUUCUGAAAGUCUAUAAAACACAAGUAUACAUCAGAAUCGACAUUUCUACAUCUUUCAACCAGCACACGUAUUGAAAAAAGUGCUUCUCUUGUUCCGAAGCUAAUCUUAAAUCGUCUAGUUUAUUGUAUACUCUAUUGUGUAUUAUUCGUAGGAAAAGCUGUAGCAUACGAUUCAUCAGGCUAAUAAUCCUAUGGUCUUCACAUUUCUUGGAGUUUCUCUUCUUUGGUCCUGGUAUAAACACCGAUGUCAGCCAAUCAUUUGGUAUUAUGCCUGUUUCGUAUAUUUUGUUAGUUUCACAAAUAUUGCGAGAUAUUUAAAAGACUGAGACAUGCGCCCUUACAGUAUGCCUUUCCUGUCCCAAAAGACGGUUGUCAUUUCCAGCCGACUGCGUUUGUUUACACUUCAUCAGCUUCGACGAGGUUGAGUGACGUCAUUCACAUGAUUGCUGUUUGGUAAAUUUGAAACACCCAUUUGUCGUCGCCUAUAACAAUGGAAUCCAAAAAUUCUUCCUUGUUGUCUUUACAUUGUUGCAUUUAGAAAACGUACCACACACAGCACGAAUAUCGUAUCUGGCGCUAACAGCGAGGAGCCGGGAGUUCCAUCUUCGAAGGCUGCUAGUAGUCCGGCUCCGAGCACUGUAGCGAGGCCCGAGUGGUGGGAUUGAGAGAGAGGGAGAGUUGGUGAUAAGACAGUGUUGCCAGAUUUCUCACAGUACGUCGUGUUCUUUCUCAGCGGUGUUGGGAACCUUUUUUACGAACGAUCCUCGUAUAUAUUAUGUACCAGGUAUAGGUACCGUAACAUGUUUUCUAUUUUGAAAUUUGCUCACAAUUUGCAUCUUGUAAUAUACAUCGUAUAUACUAGUACCCGGCAGUGUUCCAAAACACUGAAAAUUGCUUUAAAAAGCAAGCAUAACAUUUUUAUUACUUAGUUUUAUUAUUCUUUUCACAAUUGUGAUGCUAGUUUAUGUGGGAACAACCGAGUAUUAAAAUUUGUCACAUUAGAAGAUCCGAUCACAUACACCCUCUCAUUUUAAGAAUUUUUUAAAUUUUCUGUGAUUAAGUAUGCGUUAAUUUUUAUAUAUGUAAUUGCAAAGUUUUAUUUCCGAAGAAAUUGCCACUUUGGAUAGACGGGAAGUGAGAUGCACAUUAUAGAUCUCCCCUUAGUCUUCUUUAAUCCAACAUUCGUUUGGUCUCAUUAAUUUUAUUUUCUUCGGAAAUAAAGCUUUCAAUUGUUUUAGGCAGAUGUCGCUACGCAUCAAUAUCGAGUUAUUUUAUCGUGAUUCGAUACUAAACGUGCAUAGAAAUCGGCCCACUUAAAAAUUUUGGUCAUUUAGGUCUCAUAUUUCCUAAACUUGUUGGGUGAUUUAAAUGAUUUUUUGAACAUGUUAUAGCCUGAUUCUUUAACAAUACCACUGUAAUAAUAUUGUUGCUAAACAGGUAAAUUUUCAUUGUAUACUGGGUGUACCAAUCAAACUGUGUUUUUUUCUCAAAGUUCGCAUCACCCUAUGGAAUAUUCUAGCACUUAUAAAAUACUAAAAUUAAAACCCAACUAUAGCCACAGGUUUUCUUAACAUUUUUUUUUGAUUCAUUCAUGUUGGAUAAUAAAAAAGUUAGGUACUUUAACAACUAGACAUGUUCUUCAUCAAUAUACGGUGUUUCUAAAAAGUGCAACAAACUUUUAAGGGGUAAUUCUGCAUGAAAAAAUAAUGACAGUUGGAUUUAUAAAGGUAUGUCCGCAAAUGUUUCGUUUCCGAGAUACGGGAUGUUGAAUUAUUUCUUACAAACUGUCGAUUUAUUUAUUGCUUUAAAACCAUUGUAGAUAUGCAACUGAAAUUUGGUAGGCUUUAAAAGAUAGCUAUUGCGGAUUUUUUGACAUAAAAUUAAGAAUUUUAUAUUCACCAUUAGCGUGCAUACGGGUAAUAUGAUCGGUCAUAUUACACAUAUGCGCGCUAAUGGUGAAUAUUAAAUUCUUAAUUGUAUGUCAAAAAUGUGCAUAACUACGUCUUAAAACCCACCAAAUUUCAUUGACGUAUCUCAACCGGUUUUAAAGCAAUAAAAUAAAUCGUCAGUUUGUAAGAAACAAUUCAACAUCCCGUAUCUCGGAAACGAAACAUUUACGGACAAUACUUUAUAAAUCCAACUGUCAUUAUUUUUUCAUGCAGAAUUAUCCCUUAAAGUUUGUCGCACUUAUUUAGAAACACCGUGUUUUUAUGAAGAACAUAUAUCUAGUUGUUAAAGUACCUAACUUUUUUAUUAUCCAACAUAAACGAAUGAAUCAAAAACAGAAUGUUAAGAAUACCUGAGGCUAUAGUUGGGUUUUAAUUUCAGUAUUUUAUAAAUCGAUGGUUAAACUGCAAAUCGAUGGUUUGAAAAUAAAACAAAUAUAUUUUGACGUAAUAAAUUUUUACCUGUUAUAAUUUUUUUAUUGGAAAUUUUCUGAUGUGACAAUAUAUCGACUUUAUUACUCCAUUUUUAUAGAUCUUUACAUUUUUCCAUUUAACAAAAAUUGUGUAAUACACUUUUAGAGGAAAAUGCCUAAGUAGACGCUUUUGGGGCAUUUCUAUGCAUACAGUGUAUACAAGGUUAACAUGGAAAAAGACUUGCAGUCUCGACAGUCCUAUAUUUUCCUAACUUUGGAGCUGAAUACUCUGUAAGUUCCCACAUUUAUCUACCACAAUUUUUAUUAUACUUUUUAGAAUUUUUGACAAAUAUAAUAGAAAUAGCGGACUGAGAAAAGUGUUUAAAAGACAUAAUUUAUUUAUAAUUUGGUUUUACGCUUGUUGAUAGUAUUAAUCAAAGUGUAUUCUAGUCCUUAAAUGUAUACCAUAUCUUUCGAUAUUAAAGGUCUAGUCAUUUUUAUUUAUCAUUAUAAAUUUAAGGUGUUUGUUAUGGUUGCCAUUUGUUGGUUUUUGAAUAGCUAUUAUUUUCAAUUUCACUGAUAUAAAUAAGAGAAACAAAUAAUUCAGAGAAAUCGGGAUGAAAAUUAUAAUGAAGUCUCCGACAGGGAGGAGUACGCAGCCCAACACUAUUCUAAUGAAAUGAAUGACGACACGAUUCAAGUUCUCUGUUAACCCAGAUAUGAAAAUAUCAAAAGGCGCCGCUAGGAAAAUAUUUCAACAUGCGAUCUCAGCGAAACGGGUCCUUUGUACUCCAACACAGAGUAUGGCAUUAAUAAAAAUAGAAAAUAGACGGCUUCGUUUUGAUUUAAAUCUGUCUCCUGCCAUCCCCCGAUAGCUAUUUCUAGGUCUACCCGUUGUCAAGGAGGCUAUGCAAGGAGACAAAUUUAUAUCAAAACUUCCCGGUAUAAAAUAAAACUAUUUAUACCGUAGUAAGGUUAGAACGCCCUCUAACGGGGAAUAAGUGAAAUAAAUGAAUAUGAAAAUAUCCAAAGGCGCCACUAGGAAAAGCCUUUUUCUAGCGGCGCCUUUUGAUAUUUUCAUAUCUGGGUUAACAGAGAAUUAGAAUCGUGUCGACAUUCAUUUCACUUAUUCCCCGUUAGAGGGCGUUCUAACCUUACUAUGGUAUAAAUAGUUUUAUUUUAUACCGAGAAGAUCGGAAGUUUUGAUGUAAAUUUGUCUUCUUGCGUAGCCUCCUUGACAGCGGGUAGACCUAGAAAUAGUUAUCGGGGGAUGGAGGAAGACAGAUUUUAAUCAAAACGAAACCGGCUAUUUUCUAUUUCUAAUAUUUAUGGGCGACAUUAUUAAGAAAUACACAACAAGGAGUAAAAAGCUGAAUGUAUGGUAUAGAAAUCUGCGAAUAGUAGAAAUCCCGAAAGGAGUAUUUAUUGACGUUUUGGUGCUAAUUGCUAAAACUGAAAAAGAACUAAAUAAUUUAGAAAUAUGGAAAGAAAUACUCACUGAAAACAAAAUAAAGAUAAAUAUUAACAAAACAAAAGUUAUACAGAUAGAAGAAACAAGAAAAGAACUUAAUAUAGAAAUAGAAGGAACAAAAAUAGGACAAGUUAAAACUUUUACAUAUUUGGGCAUAAUAAUAGCAACAGGAUGUCUAGAAGCAAAAAAUCAAUAGCAGGGUAGAGAAAACGCUACAACUAUAUCAUACAAUGAACAACAAAGGACAUCGCACACAUCUUAUGGAAAAUAUAAUGUCACUCAAGAUCAAUAAAAUUUAUACGAAUAGAUUCGUUGUAAAUUAACGGUCAAAUCUUAUCAUUGCGCCAACUCCAUAUUUUCAAAAUAAGAGCAGAAAUUGAUAUAAAUAAAUCUGAAAUCAAAUGGAUACGUACAUAAGUUAGAGAGAGAAAAAAAAUGUGUGUGUACUUUGUACGCACGUAAGAAGUUAUAUUUCUAUUAUAUGAUUUAAACUAAAUUAAUAUACUUUUUAUUUAUAUUUUGUUUAAAUAUUAAACUAAUUUAUACUUACUACUUCUCAAACAUUUUUAUUAGAACAGUGCCAAAAAUUAAAAUAAUAAAAGAAUAAAACACACACAAACACAUUAAACAAGCCACAAAUGAUGUCUGAACAUUAAUUGUCGAAAAUUUUUUUAACUAAAUACGUAUUUUCUGUAAAUACAAUUAUAUAAUAAAUAUACUUACAAUCAUAAAAUGUAUUAAAAAAAACAAAAAAGAAAGUUUCUAUUGGGACUCGAACCAGCGCUGAUAAGCGCGGUUGGUAUUGGAAUUCAUUCGCCUUCAACGCUUCAACACUAUGUGUCAUUAUUUACGAAGAUCGACUAACUAAACGGAUUAAACUUGUGAUAUUUUGAAAAUUGAUCAAAUUAUUUUAAUUUUGAAUUGAAAUGAUUUAGAAUUGAAAAAAUACAACAAAACAUAGAGUAAGAAAACAAUAUAUUAGGUGAAUAUUGAUAGAAAUUUUGAUGGUAAUCAAAUUAUAUAAAUAAAAGUAUUACAUACUAUGUAUGUAUUUUGGCAGAUCAAAUAGGUAGGUUUAUACUCAUGAUACACUAACAAUUAUUACGUACCUGUUGCUUUUAAAAACUAUUUAAAAGUCACUACAAUAUUAUAAACUUUUUUGUUUCUGUCCUCAAAACAAAACUAAUAUAUUAUACAUUUGUUUACCUUUACCUUUACCUCCAAACCACAGCUGUCCUACAGCUGCCAUAUCGGAUAAUUUUUGACAUGUCAUUUGAACAUCCAAUCAGAACAAAGUUAUAAUGCGCAUGCGCCGGGCUGAUAGGUUUUAACAUAAAAAUUCACCCUCUAUCGCCGGUAAAGAAGUAUAACUUCAAAAAUAUUUUAUAAUACCCAAAUUGUCGGUACUCCAUAAAUCAGCGGAUUAGUUUUACUAAUCCGCUUAGGCCCAGCGGGGUUUAAGCUCUUUUGAAUAGCACCCAGAGCAAUAGUGAUUGUAACUGACACUUUUACUGACUAAAAAAUUUGAUUUCGAUAAACUUUAAUUGCAGUUUGCGCCGUAAGUAAUCAUAAUUAAGAGUUGGCGCAAUGAUAAGAUUUGACUGUUAAUUUAAAACGAAUCUAUUCGUAUAAAUUUUAUUGAAUUUGAGAUUAUAUUUUCCAUAAGAUGUGUGCGAUGUCCUUUAUAUGCAUAAAAGAAAUAUCACGGAAUACAAAAAUGAAAGUUUUCAAAGCAGUUUAUAGACCUGUUCUAGAAAAAAGGCAAGAUACAGGCUAUAGGGAUGGAGUUUUUAAGAAACGUUAAAAGUGCUAGGUACUAAAAUGGUUAUAGUAAGAAACGAACUGAAAAUAAAAUCCACAUUGGAGUCUAUAGAUCAGAUAUAGCUGAGUUAGUGGGGUUAUUUUCACCGGAUGAAAGAUACCGUGCCAAUGAGAAGAAUGUGGGGAGCAAAAAUGUUGAAAAACAAAAAAAAGGGAAGCCCAAGACAGACAAGGGAUGAAGUAAUCAUCGGAAAGAUGGAGACAAAGGAAAUGACAUGAACAGACGCAAGGAUGUUGAGACUGAACCGCAAAGAAUGGAAGAAAUUUGAACCUACACCAUUAUAUGGUAGAAAAGUCCGAAGCCCCAACUUUAAUUCCAAACAAUCUACAAUCUACAUAGUUUAUUUAUAGCAACAAAUUAUUAUGUAAGAUCAUUCUAGAAAGAGGAACAUAUUUUCCAAAACAGACGGAAACAAGUUAUUAUGUAGAAGUUUUUAUCAGUUUUCAUUUUAUUAUUGUUAAAAUAUUACAUUAAAGUAAUAAUCCAUUUGGAUCGAUGUUAAAAUACCUUAAGUAAUUCGGCUUUUUAGAAACAAUAGCUAAGUAAUCUUAAAUAGAGAUUAGUAAAGUCGCUACUGUUUUAGAAACAAGAUACAACACUUCGAUUAAAUAAAAAUUUAACGGCUUUUAAAUUACACUUAAUAUAUGUAUAAAAAAAUAUGUAAAAGUAUUCUACAGAAAUAAUGAAGUAACAUAAAAGUAUAAUAUGUCUGUCAAAGAGCAUAAGGCCCCAAGAAAAUAGAGACAAGGAAGUGUGUCAUACGUUAACAGUACGACGUACCAAUGUCCGGUUUACCAAAGAGUAAUAUAAUAAAAAAAGGGUAAUCGAUAAGUAUAAUGACUUUUUUAUCCUGUUUAUAUUCCUCUUAUAAUUUUAUAAAUUAUCUGCACCUAAUACUAAAUUAAUAUACAACCUAUUCAAAAACUAACAAUAUGGCAAGUAUUUAUGGAACAUCACCUAGGACAGUCUUUUAUCAGACUAACAGUGGAAUUGUCAGAUUGCGUCAUAUUUUGCAAGUUUUGACAAAUUUUCUUUACUUACAAAUAAUAUCAGUUAACAGUGACCGAACAGUUAAAACACUUGCUAGGACAUAUACUGAACUGAAAACGAUAAGAAAAAAGACACGAAGAGGAAGAGGGAAGAAAACACUGAUAGAAAGAUUUUAAAUAAAAAAGUAGCUGGUUAUCUAAUCUGUAAAAUACAGAGGAACAAAUGGUUAGUAAAAGAGCCAAAACAGCUAUAUCGCUUGUUUUCAUUGUACAAUAGCUCCAAAAAUUAACUAUAUGCCAAAGAUUAAUAGAGAAACAAUCACGGAAAUGCAGAAAGGAGGACAUUUGUCAAUAUGAUGUUAUUAGAUGUACUGGGUGAUUCUGCCAUUAUUGAAGACUUGCAAAUUUAUGAAGCGACCUGACAUACACCAAAUACGCAUUUUAGUUAUAACAUUUGACUAUAAUGAGGACAAUCUCUUGUUAUUUCUUUAUGUUAACAUUUGAUAUAGAUAUUUAUUAAAACAUGAUGUGCCAAUUAUUGGAUCAAGACCUUAGUCAGCAAACUAUGUACAAAUAUGUAUUAUCACUCGAAAUAUGUAAGAAGCAGAUAUAUAUCUGUACUCUCUUUUAUCAUGUCGUGUGUAGAUAAUUUUUCGUUUUGAUUUGUAUACUUUUUAAACUUCAGAAGUUGUAUUAGCUGUUACUAUAAGUUUUUUGUUACAUUGUUGAUUAAAUCAAUGUUUUAAAGGUAGUAUGUACUUUCCUGCAAGAAUAUUAACAUCAAGAAAAUAGUUACGCAAUAGAUAAUGUACCAAUUACAGGUUUCUAUUAACCCAACGCAUAAUUUUGAUAUUAUUUACUAAAAGUAGAGCAAUACUUAAAACAGCAUUCGCAGAGUGAUGUCGCCACUGGUACUUUAGGUUAGGUUAUGUAUAACCAUAGACGUAUAAUACCUCGACUGCGCGCGGCAAUCUAAAACAAUUUCCCCAGUGCGACAGAAAAUGUAAGCAGGGUAUGCAUCUCUUUCUAAUCGGCGGGAUUUAUCCACUAAAAUAAGCUUUAUAAGUUACGUGGUCGAUAAACCCCGCCUUCUUCUUAAAGUGCCCUUUAUGGAGGUUGGCUACUACAAUUGCAAACUUGUCUGUCUUCAGCUGUUCAAAAUUUAGCCAUGUCCAUUGUCAAAUGUUUCUUAAUCACGAUAGUCUUUUCCUUCCGAAUCCUCUCCUUCUCUCGAUAUUUCCUUUCACUAUUAGUUACAUAUUCUUUUUUUUUGUGCCUAUUUGCUUCGAAUAUUGGCGAUCAUUCUGCCUAUAAUUGUUUUAUUAACUGACGCUUUAAAUAAAUUAGUUGUUGUUGUGAAGAACCCUUUCCUCAGGUUUUUUAACCAUGAUAUUCUUCUUCUCCCAAAUCCUUGCUUUCCGAAUACUUUGCAUUGAAGGAUUAUUUUCAGUAAUCUGCAUUUCUCUUUAUUUCCCCAUUCUUCGUGGUAUGGUCUCGUUGGUUAUCUUGUCCGUCCAUAGUAUCCUUAAGAUUCGCCUAUAUAGCCACAUCUCGAAUGCUUCAAGUUUUUUCUCCAUCGCUUCAGUGAGUGUCCAGAAUCCAACUCAUUUCUUGAUCAUAUUGGUUCUUAUUAUUUCUCAGCAUGUUGCCAAGGUAUGAUGUCUUUUUAAAUUUCGCUGUGUUGAGUUCUCGUUCUUUGCCUAUUCUAUGCAGCACUUCUUCAUUUGAGGUAUACGAUGUCCAUGACAUUUUGAGGAUUCUCCGGUAGAUCCACAUUUCAAAGAGAUGUCAACUGCAUAGAGAAGAGUCGACCGACCACCAUUUUGAUAAACGUAGUUGAAUUUCGAGUUUUAUUCGAGAGCCACAUAUCAGUUUUUUUUUAUUUUUUUCGAAAGAUUUUUUGGCCUGCUCUAUUCUCGAUCUUACUUCUAGAUCAGGAUUUAGGCUGCUAUGUAUCCAACACCCCAGGUAAAUCAAUUUAUUGGCCUGUUUAUUGUGCAAGGUUGAGGUACAUUCUGGUUUUUUCGGAUUGCCAUCAGUUUGGUUUUGUUAAUGUUUAUUUUCAUGUCGAAUUGCUCACAGACCGAGUUGUUCCUGUCGAUGAGUCGUCGUAGACCCAAGUAGGAAUCCGCAAUCAACACCGUAUCAUCGGCGUAUCUGAUGCUGUUGAUGUUUAAGCCAUUCACUUUCACGCUAUUCUCGGAAUCCUCCAGUGCUUCUUUAAAUAGAAAUUCGGAAUAAAGAUUAAAUAGCAGAGGUGACAAAACACAUCCUUGUCUAACUCCUAAUUUCUAUUUCUGCGGACGUGGAACCUUCGAUCCUAAUUCUGACAUUUUGGUUCCAAAGUUUUUACCGAUUAGAAAGAUUGGAUACAGUUGGAAAAAUGAAAGAAUACCAAUGAACGAUCACAUCAAUCACUUAUUUUGUAUUUGCUGUCUUUUUCUAUAACAAACGUUGGUUAUUUAUAGAAAAAAACAGCAAAUACAAAAUAAGUGAUUGAUGUGAUCGUUCAUGGGUAUUCUUUCAUUUUUCCGACUGUAGAUAUCCACACCCUGCUUACAACGUUUUUCUCUGACGCAAUGGGGGAACAGUUUUAGAUUGCAGCACACAGUCUAGGUAUUAUAUAUCUUAUGAGGAUGACAUCUCUUCUAACCUCACCUAACCUAACAUUGGCGCCUUCUUUCUGAAAAUUUUACGACCUGUUUGUGCGGAGCUGUGCAUUUAGUGAAGAUCAUUUCAAAAUUUAACAAAUACAAGGUGAUUUACUGAAAAAUCUUUGAUUAUUUAUACACGCUUUUAAAAGAUUUCUUUCACUAAAACAUCAUGUUGGCAUCGUGGAAAAGUCUUCCAUACACGCAGCAGGGAAGUAAACUAUAUUCUAAAAUGAUUUCUAUUGAAAUGGUUGUUUUAUUACGGUUGUUCAUAAAAUAUGUAUUAAUUUUCAAUAUACAUAUCUUUUCAGGGUAUUAUUUUGAAAUUUCGGUCAGUUUACAAGUUAAGAAUGCUAAAUGAUUAAAGUUAGAUAUAUUUCACUAGAAUAUUACCUAACUGUAGGCUUAAGUUCACGUUCUUAAUAAAAUUGUCACUAGUAACGUGGUGGUUUGUAAGUAUAGUGCUAACAGUGCGAUACAGGGUUGAGCGGUGGUUGAAAAUUUAGGAAAUACUUUCAAAGUGAACGUUCCUUCUAUAGAACUGAUUCAGAAUAAUUUAUUUACUUAAAUCAUAACAAACAGAUCAUUUCAAUACAUCUUUUAAAUUCUAUAGUGCUAUAUUUUUUGCAAAAUCGUUAGGAUAGGUCAUAAUGUUCAGUACAAAUAAGAUUACCCUCCCCAACUUUAAGAAAUAAAACUACAGCUUGUUUAACAAUCAGUAACAUUUUAACAUGUUUUGAUUCUAAUUGAUUUCAACUCACUCCCUUUGAGAGUUGUUCUCGUAGGCACUCCUCAGAUAAAAAGAAUAUAUGUCAGGAGUUGCUGUCAUCUUGUGGGUAUGAUCUAGCAUCUAGCACGGCUUUCUAUUUACGGAGUAUUCUUAAAUCCAAAGACCAACAUCACGUCUUUACAUAUUUCCCCACCGUGUGACAUCAAGUGAUAGCAGUACCGAAAUAUAUAUAUUUAGAUGAAUAUAAACGAAGACAAUAAUCUUCAAUAGUAUUAAUUAUAGUUUUCUUUUGUGCUAGACAACAUUAGAGGUUAAGGAUAAUUUCUCGAGCUUUGAAGAAGCUGUAUUAAAUAUCGGUCUAAAAGUAAAUGAAGGCCAAACAAAAUAUGUACAUGAUCGUUACAAAACAAGAACGACUGCGAAUAAGGCAAAAUGUUACUAUAAACAAUCAUACUAUAAAUAGAUAAAUGUUACUGUAAACAUAUCUUUCUUUCCAAUGCAACAUCUAAUCAGAUCAAAACUUCUCUCAAAAAGGUGCAAAAAUCCACACAAAAUACAAAACCAUAAUACGACCAGGAGUCACGUAGGGAAGCGAAUCAUGGGCGCUAACUAAAAAAGAAGUAAAUAAAUUGCUGGUGUGGGAAUGCAAAAUUCUUCGAUUAAUUUAUGACGUUUGCAGAGAUAGCGUGACAAACGAAUGGAGGCGCAGACACAACAACGAGAUGGAGUCUCUUUUCGGAAAGGAAAAUCUGCUAAAUUUACAAUACAAUCAAUAUGCAGUAGGAAAAACAAACCAAGACACGUUAAAUGCUACUAGGAACACUCCCGUAUCAUAAUUUACAAUGUAUAUACAUUGUCAAUCCCAAAUCAUGAUUUCCAAAGUUUAUAUAUUGUAAAUUAUGAUUCAAGAAUGUAGUAGCAUUUAACGCGUCUUGGUUUGUGUAUUUCUACUGCGUCUUGAUUGUAAAUUUAGUAUAAUGAGAUAUAUAAAAGGCCAAUAGCUACAGGUCAUGUGGUACGCACUAACAGCAAUCGCCUUAUAAACAAUGUGUUUUGAGAAAGACCGACGCGACGGAAGAAGGUCUGUAGGACGGCCUAGUCCUACAGACUAGGUAAAAUGGGAAAUAGUGGCACAGGGCUGGCAAACAUGGAAGGCAAUAGUAAACGCGGCAAAUACUCACGCAUAGUUGUAAUUGAUGAUGAUUUGUGCUAGACGAAAUAUGCAAAAUAUCUUCUUUCUUUUACUAGUUUACUACCUAUACGUGCCUAAAAAUGUUUUUGAGAAAUAGUUUACUAUCUAUACGUGCCUGAUCAGGGCCGGCGAUAACGGGCCUGCAAGGGAUGCACUGCAGGAGAGGCGCCCUGUUUGAAGGACACCAAAAUGAACUUUUUUGCUGGUGUUAUACAAAAUACUAAUUAAAAAAACCGAAGGGCGCCUUUCCAGUUUUGCAGGCGUUCACCUUAGACCCUAGCGUUGGGACUGCGCCUGAUAAUGAGAUCUAGCGCACUCAAUUCCAUGUUCCAAUCUGAUUUUGAUCUCCAUUGAUCCGUGAUAAUGGAUCUCCAUGAAACACGUGAAGAUCAUCAACUUAAUGUUAAUAUAAGUUUGUUUUUUAUUCAGGUUAUAAAACUUAAGCGUUGAUGAUGAAGAUAUUCAGCACGAUGAUCACACCAAAUAAUGGAGAUGACUGGGACUGGUAACUCAUGAUCACACCAAAUAAAGGAGAUGACUGGGACUUGAACACGUACAGGAGAGAGGUAAUUGGACAGAAAUAGUCCUAACAAAUUACAUCAAGCCACUACAUCCUUACGAAAGAGAAAAUAUAGAGUAGGGGUGUUGAUGUAGAGCUUUGUAUUCAUAAAUAAUUUGAAAAUUAUGCUUAAAACAAGAAAAUGUUUCUCACUUUUGGUUACACAUGAAUUGUGCUGUUCCAGGUUUUUCGAUGAGCUGUAGUUUCUUACCAAAACUCUCAGCCUAUUAUGUAUCGUACAUAUUUAUGCUUUACCAAUAUUCUCCGGCUAACAAAAUACUUGUAAUACUGAUGGACAUUCUUACGGCUAUACCCAAUAACUCGGCCGUAUUAAUAUACUGACACGAAAAAUUCACAGCGACAUCUAUAAUAUGUUACCGAACUAGUAGUUGGGAAUAAUCCAGCAGUUUUAAGUUAUCAGGUUUUCAAGCAAUUCUCAUACUAUAGAAUCAAAUUAAAACCAUUCUAUAGACUAUAGAGUCUUUCACGUCAAGAACGAAAGUAGAUAGGGCUACAUAUUUCUUAUGGCCGAUAGAGACGUGCCGAUGCCACCUGUCUGAAUAAAAUGAAUCGUAUUGAGAAUGUUGGUAACACUGAUCUGCAUAAGCCAAACGUUCCAUUCUUAACGUGAAAUAAAGUAUAGGUAGUUCAAGUAUAACCCUAAAUUUGAGGUCACCAGAUCAACCCUAGUUCGCAUACUUAGUAAUUAGUUUGUUAGCAGGGGCCUUAAUGUUUGGCUAUUUAAUAGUUGUCGUGUUGUGCCAGGCAAUCAACGGUUAGCUUUGUCUGCAGCGUCAUGCGCAGUACUUAAGGUGCCAAAAUGGUAGAUAUUAUCGUCGUUAAGUAUAAUUCCAUAAAUCAAUAAUAUAAAUAAAUUAGAAAUGCCGCAUAUUUUUAAUUUUUCGUGUGGAAGUUGGUGAUUUGAGUAUUUUUUAGGUUUUACUUAGUUAAACAGUCUGUAAGAUACGUUAUGGCUCAUAACUAAUAAAAAUUAAAUGUUCAGUUGCAAAAUAAUAGCAUCUCUUUGUUUUUUUUUUCUUCUGGCAACUUUCUGUGUAUAUAAAGAAGUUGAUGGUCAAGAAUAAAAAUAUAUUGUUCUUUUAUUUAACAACCAAUAUUAAGCUUCUUAAGUCGUUUUUAGUAGUGUUUAACGGUAUCUCUCCAUUUUCUGUCAAUAUAUCAGCUUCUCUUUCUUAAUUAGUAACAAAAAUGUAUACACAUUUAUGCUUUUGAUCUUGACGUCACACUUUCUUUCGUUCUUAUUUCAAUGGAAGUCGUAUUUGUUAAACGUUUGUAAAUAUUGUUACAAGUUUGUAUGUAUUUAAAUAUUUGUUUGUGUUUAAAGACUUUUAAUAUAUUCUGAAACACGAAACAUAAAAUGUGUUAAACAUGUUUAUCCCGGUACUGAUUCGUUAAAUUAAUAAACAUAAUUUUAAUUAUAACUGUAAUAACAGUUAGUUUCCACGUUAACAAAAAUAAAGAGAAUGAUUCAAUUUGGACGUUACGAAUUUGUAUAGUUACGAACUGUCGCUGUUACCAGUUGUCCGGUUACGAACUGUCGCGGUACGAGAUGUCUGGUCACGACAUACUAUACUACUUUAUUAGAUUUUUUUAAUUUAAAGUGGGAAAGGUACAUACCUGUGGUUUGAAUGUAUACUAUAGUAGUUGGAAAUUUUAUUCUGUAAACAUCGACAAUUCGUUUCAAUUUAUAAUUUUAAGCCUCCUACUCUAUAUUUUCUUCUUCGUAAGGAUGUAGUGGGGUCAUUUUUGGCUAUUGCUGUUAAAUUAUCUCUCUACUGUUCGUGUUGUUUCGCUUCUGAGAAUUAAUAACCAGGCAUGUCCUUUAUUUGAUCCGACCAUCGUGCUGGAGAUCUUCCUCUUGAUAUUUUGCCUUCGACUAUCAUUCGUUCCAUGCCUUCUCUUCUUGUUUAACAGUUAACAUGUAAUCUAAACAUAUCCACUGUUUUGUGAUGAAGGUAUUUAGCAAGUACUUCUAAGUUCACUGAAGAUGGUCUGAUAAGACCGAAAACAUUCGUUCUGAAGAAUUGUGUUCCAUUUGGAAUUUCACUUUAAUGUUUUACUAAACAUUACAAACUACAUUUGUCACUACUUAAAUUCAUCUUUGUCACUUUUCUUUGACCUUCCAUCAUUCACCAAAUUUGCUUUCUUAAUUGGUUGCGUUUUGAUCUAUUUAAGAGUUUUGGAUUUUUUAGUAUUGUUAGAUUUCAUGGUUGGUUUUUAUUCUUCGUUAUUCCCCAUUUUUUCGUCCCUCAAAGCAUUUUUAGUUUUAUGCUUCCUUCAUUUAAAUUUUUCCUCUGAACUGUUGUGAACAUUUGGUUGCUGAAUGUUGCUCUUUUGAAUGAAAACAUGUAAUUUUAUUUAGUUGUAAAAAAAUAAUAUAGAAUCCUUCGAAAUAAAACAAGCUAUGGCACAACUAAAGAACAAUGAGGCUCCGGGCCCAGAUGGAAUACUUGCCGAAAUGUUAAAGGAGGGGAGUUAAAUUAUUCUCGAAGAAUUGAAAAAUCUUUUCAACGAAUGCCUUCACAAAGGAGAAAUCCCAGAUGAUUGGAAAGAAAGCUUUACAAUCAUUCUCUUCAAAAAAGGAGACAGGGGAGAUCUGAAGAACUAUAGGCCAAUUUCCCUGUUGUCCCAAAUGUACAAACUGUUUAUGAGAGUAAUAACUAAUAUGCUAUCGUCGAAGCUUGAUAGCUAUCAACCGGUAGAGCAGGCAGGAUUCCGAAAGGGUUACAGUACAGUGGAUCAUCUUCUUAUAGUCAGAACGCUAAUAGGGAAAGCCAAUGAAUAUCACUUGAACUUAUACAUUGGCUUCGUUGAUUAUGAAAAGGUAUUCGACUCCAUAGAACUUUGGGCAAUAGAGAGAGCUAUGAACAACUGCAGGAUAGAUUCUCGAUACAGAAUGCUCAUACAUAAUAUUUAUAAGAAAGCUACAAUGAAAAUACAAAUAGAUGAGAAAAUCAAAGCUAUACCAAUCAACAGAGGAGUUCGCCAGGGAGACGUUAUUUCACCAAAGCUGUUCACACUGGGACUUGAAGACGUGUUCAAAGACAUUAACUGGGUAGAUAAAGGAAUAAAUGUUAAUGGAAUAAAACUGAGUCAUUUGAGAUAUGCUGACGACAUUGUAAUAUUCGCUACAAGUUUCGAAGAAUUACAGACCAUGAUGACGCAACUAUUUCAAGCUUCGGAAAAAGUAGGUCUUAAGAUGAACUUGUAAAAAACAAAAGUAAUGACGAAUACACCGAACAUUCCAAAAUAACGUUGAAUGACAUAGAUUUAGAAACAGUAAGUGAAUACGUCUACCUGGGACAGAUAAUGAAAGUUAACAAAGAAAAUCAAACUGCCGAAAUUACUAGAAUUAGCGUGGGCAGGAUUUGGAAAACUGAGUUGGAUCUUGAAAAAUUCUAAAAUAGAACAAUAUUUGAGAACCAGAGUUUACGAUCAGUGUAUCCUCCCUAUACUUACAUAUGGUUCACAGACGUGGACACUCACCAAGGCCAAAUAUAAAAUAGUAAAGGCACAGAGAGCGAUGGAAAGAUCAAUGCUCGGGGUGAGGCUCAUAGACAAAAAAACAAAUACAUAGAUUAGAAGUAAAAGACGCAGGAGAACAUGCUGCCAAAUUAAAAUGGAGCUUCGCAGGACACAAUGCCCGACUGAAGGAUAAAAGAUGGAAUCACGAAAUACAACAAUGGAGACCGUGGUUAGGAAGAAGUAGAGGAAGGCCAUAAAUGAGAUGGGUCGAUGACAUAAAGAAGUUUGGAGGACACAACUGGAAACAGGUGGCGCAAAAUAGACAACACUGGAUUGAAUUGGGGGAGGCCUAUGUCCAAAGUUGGAUUACUGAAGGCUGAAGAAAUAAAUAUGUACUGUCGUUUACAGUUGUUUUGAAGUCGUAAAUAAUUCUUAAUCUACAUAUAUUGUAAUCAGAAAGCUAACAUAAAGAUUUGAUUCCGAUUCAUAGCACACUACACGCUGUUCUGAAGAAACCAUGAGGUUGAAAUGUACAUAAACAGAUGGUAGUGUUCUCUGAAUCAUAAUUAAAUUUUAACUGUCUUUACAUACCUUCGUUUUUACUCACGUAUUGAGUACUAGGAAUCAAUUUUUUUAAUCUACCUAGAUAAAUUGACUUGUUGUGGAAUGCAUAUUAUAGAUUCCCCAUAUCUAAGCAUUUAUCGCUCCUUUUUCCUUGCAAAUUAUAGAAGGAUAGGGUAUAGGUAUAAGUGAGAAUUUGUUUCCCAUUUAAGAAAUCUUUUAGAUUUUUAUUUUUAAAUGGAGUCUCUUGGGUUUCGUCUAUCGAAUAUAUUAUGAUUAACAGUUGGUGCUUUUAUUUUGUAAGAACAAAUAGUUAUGUGAAUUAUUGAGCUUGUGCAACACUUAUUUAUACAAAGACUUAUGAAAAUAGUGUGACAAAAACUUUUAAAAAAAGUGUUCAAAUUCACCAAUAAGUAGAUAUAUUAAUAAAUAUAUUAAUUAAUUCACCAAUAAUAUAUUUAAGGUGCCAUAUUUUAAAUUUUUGUGAUUUUUUACGUACUUAAUUCCUGCAAAAUUGUUUUUCUGUGAUAUUGGAAGUUGUGAUAUUUUCCCCUUAUUUAUAGUUCUCAAGACACGUUUGAGAAAAGUCUGUUAUUAAUUUAUGGAAUUAUUGACCAAAAUAUAUAUGUAUAUACAUAAUUGAUAUUAAAAAUUUUUGUAAGUAGAUAUAAAUGUGACUGAUUUAUAAGCAACUAUUUUUGCAAGAUCAUCUAUAAACGCCGAAAUUGUUAUAUCUCGGCUCCCUGAUAACUAUAUUAAAAAAUCACAAUCAGCUAAAGGUUAGAUAUCAUUUAGAAGCCUUUAUUGAAUACAGGGUCUUUAUCAAUUAAGAAAUAGUAGUAUAAAACAGAAUUUAGUCCGAUGCGGACGUUAUAUCCUGGAUUUCUUCAGAAAUAUAUAUUAAUGUAAGGUUUUCAAAUUAUAAAUUUUAUAUUGAUUAUGUCAUCUAACUGAAAUCUUCUUAACCAAUGCCGUUCAUGCUAUGUACAUCCACAAUGAGUUGUGAAUUCGAUUUCGGGCUACUUUAUCGCAAACUAAAGAGUUGAGCCUCCAUACACACAGAGACUACACUCCAGGCCGGAGGUGGAAGCAACCGUUCACUCCACGGUUACACGGAUUUUGUUUAUUAAGAGCGAGGCAUCUCUUCAAUACGUAGUUCCUUCGCCGCGGCAGGCUCCGGCUCAAUCCGUCGCAGCCCAGAUUGUACACUUCCUCGCUGGCCUGCUUUUAUACCGUUGACUGACCUCCUCUUUCUCUCUUAGUUAUUCUAAGGUGGGAUGUAGAUCGAACGCGCAUACUGUUGGAUUUUCUCGACGUGCCGGCGCGCGUUCGAUAUUUGUAUACACAAUCAUUACAACUUUUUUAUAUAUAUUCAGUAAAACUCCUGCAGAAAUCUUCUGAUUAUUGCUCCCUGAUCAUAACUACGAUCAAUAAGCAGGUUAGUUCUCUCUUCAUUUAAUACUACAGGAAACUUAUCCAAGGUCAUAUUCACCAAUUAUUCUUAGAAUCUAAUACAUAAUAACACUACUAACUAACUUGAACACUUUAGCCACACUUAACUAUGCUUUUUCAUUUAUGUCACUACCUCGAACAGCUUCGUUCUCUUAAGUCUUCUUAUCUGAUUAGCGUUGUCUAGGAGUUUGCUAGCUUGGACAUUCAUAUGGUUGGAGAGCCUUUGUUCAUGGCUCUCGGCAAACUUACCUACAGUAGAGCGUCGAUAAUCCGAACUAAUUGGUACAGGGGUAGUUCGGAUUAUCGAACAUAUGUUCAAGAUACAUACAAAGCUCAUAAACAUAGUACAUAUGCACAUAUGUUUUAGUUACAAGGAAUAAAACACCUGCAUAAUAAACAAAUAUAUUGUAUGUAUUUCUGCAUAAACAAAACAAAAAUCCGCGGUCAUAUUUUGCCCAUAUUGUCAUAUUAAAUCCAAAAAUUCGGUCCGCGAUCAUAUUUUUAAUUUUAUAUUUUUUUGCGUUCGGAUUACAAGGGCUUGGAUUAUCGACGCUCUACUGUAUUUAUUGUCUGGCUAACCAUAUCCAUUUGUAGGUCUCGAUGAAGAUUACAGUUUCUGAAGUACCAGGGAGCGUUGACGAUGUUCCUUAACACUUUAUUCUGAUGUCGUAUAAUUUAGAUGUUUCUGUAUUUUAUAUAGCCCUGUAAGUAGCUGUUGUAAGUUGACAGACAAUCUGUUGUAAGUCUUUCUUAACUUAAUUUCUAAUUCUUCCUUUUUUUUCUUAAUAUGCGCUUUCCAGCGUAGCUUUGAAUCUAAUUUCAUACCCAAAUAUUUUGUCGUAUUUGCAUAAGUAAAGGCGUUUAGUUUCUAUUUAUACUGACUGGAAUAUAUUGUUCUCUUUUGUUUGUCGUAAAUUUUGUAGCUUGGUUGCUGCUUCCUCGUGUUUUUUUCCGACUGCUAAAAUGCAUGUGUCGUCUGUCAAUGUCGCAAUUGUGUUGGUUUAUAAUGAUGGGAUAUCUCUGGAAUAGAGCAGGUAUAGUCCUGUUGACAGGACACUUCCUUGCGGAACUCCAGCUUUAACUUGUCUUAAUUCUGUAUGUAUAUGCUUCUUUAUUUUUAACUCAGAAAGUAUCUGUCGGAUAUAUAUGAUUCUAAUAGUUGAGAAUAUUGUUUUGGUAAGUAGCACAUCAUUUUAUGAUAUAAUCCGUCAUACUACACUUUGUUGAAAGCCUGACAAAGCCUAAAUCGAGAAAAAAUGCAGAACAAACGUUUCCUUCUUCUAGAGAUUUUUCUACUAUAUCUAUUAUUCUAUGCACUUGAUGUAUCGUUCUCUAAACGCAAAUCAAAUAUAAGGUACAUACCAGAAAUAGUAAAAAGUGUGUAAAUGCAUAUAUUUUAUAGCUUCACCCAAUUUGCAAGCUCUAAGUGGGGAUUAGCUAUAAGCCUUUUAAUCAGCACAGACAUGUUGUGCGUCUCUUAUGUCUUAAGUCGUUUUACUCUUUUUAUUGUAGCUUUAAGUGUCCGUGUCCUGGAUUCCUAGAGGAUAACAGCUUGAAACUAAAUCGCGUCAAUAUUUUUUUGUCGUAGAUAUUCCCCAAAACCUCAUAAGGUCCACUUGUAUCUGUAAUACCUUCAAGAAAAAGUAUUAUUUGAUAAUUGUGUUAAUUAAAAAACGUUAAAAAUUCAACCUAAUUCUUUGUUGCGAUACGGUGGCCCUCCCCAUUUCUUUUAUCGAAUUUAUAACAUUGUUUAUCCCAAAAAAGUAACUUUUAUAAUAAAACGAUUUAUUUCUUUGAUACCAAUUCCAAAGCAAAUAUUUUGUUUAAAAUUUGAUCACAUAAAAAUAUUUUAUUAAAAGGAAAGUCAAAAAUUGCUAGUGAUUGCAGGUCAGUCCUCAUAGAAGAUAAAAUCAACACUUUCAACCGUUGUAUCUAUACUGUUCUGAUUCUAUCUAUGUCAAGCUGUAGUAGUUUUCAUGCUCUCAUAAUAUUGUCAUUUAUGGUAAUUUGAAGACCACGAAGUACAAAAUAUAUGGAGCCUUUGGUAAUAUUGUUUAGAACACUUCACCAAUUGGUAAAUUGACUUGGUGAAUGUCUCUUGUUCUUCACAUAAGUCGGGAACCAGCUUCUACUUCUAUAGUGGUUGAUUAUGAAGACUCGAUUAUCUUUGUCGAGUCGAAGUAAGGUGUAAAUCUGUGUUGAAAUUAAUAAUAACUGGAGAUAAUGUUUUAUUUUAUAACACAAACACCUUUACCAACCAAUGUACCCUACAAUAAUAACGAUUACGAACUUUAAUACACAACUUUGCAUGUCUUAGCGAACCGUGCGUAAACUAGGACCGCGUUUUGAGUGUCAAGAUUAAUCGUGAUAGGGAGACAAUCGAAAAUAAUUCACGUAAUAAACGUGAGAUUGUCCAAACUAUGGACGUACGAGAGUAACAAGAACAUUGUAAAUUGAGACUGAUUGACAAUCGGGAGACUACAUUGGUAAUAGGGAACUUGCAUAAAUUUUUAAAUAUUAAAAUUAUAUUAAAAAACAUAAGGUAACAUGACUUUAAAACGCUUGCAUGCAAGAAAAAAACAAAUAUUUUUAAACAAUGCGUUUAUUACGAGGCUUUGAAAAUGCUAUGAAAUUCAAAUUUCUUAGUAGGCGCUAGAACGUCCGUCUAUUGGUCUGACGUCACGGACCACAAGCACACAAGUAAGCGGGCUACGCUACGAGUCGACAAAAACGCGAUUAGAGUAUUACGGGACUUGUAUUACCAGGUAGUAUUUGUAUUCUUGUAUAGUUCUACAAUCAGUUUAUUUAGUUUCAAAGUGAAAUUUAUAAAUCUUUAGAAAUUCCUACUUUCUAAAGGGUUUAAAACGCAUAAGUACUAUUACUCACGAGGGUUUUUCCAAACAAAGCGAUUAGCUUUUUCUGGGGAUUGUCUAGCACAUUUUAAUCGUCUUUAGUUCAAAUGCUAAGGGUAAGUUUAGUUUAAUUCAACUAACUUGGGGAUUAAAAAUACAAGAUCUUAAGUAUAUUUACUAAUUAAUGGAACAUAUUUUGCAAAUAUUCUCGAAGCAUUUCUUUCGCUUAUGGCGAAAUCAUCUCCAAGAGACAUAAAUGUGUGUCCUAUUAUUAUCUUUUUUAGAGUUAAAAAUAGAUGCAUUGUUUGUAUUUUACAAUAUUUUUCCAUUAACUAGAACGUAUACAAUGAAAUGUAUACAAUCUGUUCUAAAUUUACAAUCAAGAUGCAGUAGAAAUAGAUAAACCAAGACACGCUAAAUGCUACUAGGAGCACUCCCGAAUCAUAAUUUACAAUGUAUAAACUUUGGAAAUCAUGAUUUGGAAUAUACAAUGUAUAUACUAUAUACAUUUUAAAUUAUGAUUCGGGAGUGCUCCUAGUAGCAUUUAACGUGUCUUGGUUUGUUUAUUUCUCUGUCUGUAUUGAAACUUCAUCACUGUACAAUUCAGAAACAAACUUUUAAAUUGUUUUGCUUCUUCUUCUUUCGCAUCUUUAUCACAAGAUACAGAAUCACUUUCAUUGUACCAAUAGUCAUCACUACCACUAUAUAUUCACUAUUAUCUUCAAAUACAGAACUUUCUGAUUCACUCUUUAUUGUAUCUUCAAAUAAAGUCUUUUAUAGGUGAAGUUCCUGCAUCCUUAUUAUGUAUUUUCAUUGGCGACAACCCGACUGUAAUACUCCUUUGAAAUUUACACUGAAUACCUUUAUUGAUAUACCGUUUUUGAGGUAAACCUGGCUGGUUUAAUUCAGGUCCUGAUUGAACUAAGUUUAUGAAAUUAGGAUCACACUGUCUCUUAUCAUCAUUGUCCUCUAGAACAGACUUAGAUGUAGAAGCGGCAUCUUCAAGAAGCUGUCGUUUAACCCUUUUAGGGGCUGCUUCCCUCACAGGCUGAGAAAAAGCUCGUUUUCUGUCUGGUUGACAAUCAAAUAUGUGCGGGACAACAACUGACUUAAUAAUUUUGGAACCACCCAUAAUCUUGAAUUAUAUAUAAUUAUCCAUGUCUUGUUCCAACUGCAACCAAUAAACAAGUUUAAGUAGGCACAUUUCAUGAAACGACAACUAAUAUUUUUUCUUGAAAUAGAAAAUGUCUUAUUAGGUAUGAUAUUAUCAUUAUACCUAAUUAGAUAAAUACUCGCAUCGAAAUAAUCCUCACAGACAUAAAAACUUUUGCUACUUUGUGAAAUAUAUCCUUUUUAUCUCGCCAGCAUGCCUUUAGCCAUUUUAAUCAGCGUUUUGGUUCUACUUGUAGAGUAAAACAAUGUUUGUUGGAUGUUCUGACAGUUUUGCUUUGGCAUUCCGGCACUAUAUAGUACUUAUAUUGCUCGGAAUUAUUUUCAGUUUUGAUAAAGUAUAUUAUACACUAAAUACAAUAAUAUAAAUACCGAGCAAACAACAUAGUCAUUCGACACGCACAACUACUAGCAAUGGCAAAAUGCAUUCAGUGCAAUAAUAGCUCACCGAACGGGCGAACGAGAACGCUGGUUGGUAACGUUAGACUGUCAGACCCCACCUCGCGCUUUUGAAGUUGUUUGAAACGGAAAUUUUGGGCGCGGAACUUUGAUCAGUUGUUGUACGUACACUAUUCAUUGUUAAGAUGUAAUAUUUUGAAUAUAACAUUUUUAAACAUAAGUUAACAAUUUUAUACAAAAAUAUUUUUAUGUGCAAGUUCCCUAUUGUGUUAAAUGCGACCGACUCACUCUGCGAUUGGUAUCUCACUGAGCAGCAUAAGAAAUCGGCUUCUUUAUACUUUUACAACGAGGGGGAAAUCGAUAAUUAAUUUUUGUGCGUGUCUAAUUUAAAUUCUAGAGUAAAUAAAACCUUUUAGUUCGGUCGUAAUAUAAUCCAAGCCAUUUUAAUCCACAUAUGGUGAAUUUAGGCUAUAAAUUAUUUUUAUGAAGUCUGAAAAUUUGUGAAAUGGAAGAAAUAAUUGAGGAUCGAGAUUAUGAAUUUGUUUUCAGAGCGUAAAUAUUUUCAAGUCAAAAGGUUUGCGACAGUCAACGAUAAUACGGAGAACUCUAAUGGAUUAGCAAUUUAAUGACUUUUCUCAUAUUCGAGUUAAUUGGAAGCUGCAAGGGGACAGCAACUUGUAACAACUAUUAUGAUUGAUAUAUCGGUGAGGAUUGAUUUUGCAUUCACUUAAUAACAAUUGAAAAGUCGGGAUGAGUAAUUUGAUUUUUUUCGAUUAGAUUGUGUUGUUAGGUUUAUGUAUCUAUGUAUGCUGUUUCUAGUGCUUUUCGCUUAAGAUCACAACACGACUGUAAUGAUUGUAUUUAGUCUAGAUGCACGCUAUUUUCAAUCCUACAAAAUUUUAUCAUAUCUGUCUGCAUAUCCUAAAUUAUACAGUAGGUCAAAACCUUAGCACGGGAACUCUACAAUUUUCUUAUACUUUUAUUCCACAUCCACUUAAUAGUCCAAGGCGCAUCUGUUUUGAGAUGGACGUUGAGAGGUGACUCAAAUUUUUUUGCAGAAAUUGCUUGAAAAUAACUCAAAUAAUAAUAUUUGAGUUAUCCUCCCACUCAAAAUGGUCCGGAACAUUGUUUAAAUAAUCAAAAUGUCAAAAUAUGAAGGAAAAAUUCGAUUUUUUAUUGGUUUUUUGAUUAUAACUUUAAAACUAUUCAUUUCUGAGAAAAAUUGUACUGACAUAAAAGUUGCGUAAUUAAAUUUCCUACAAUAUAGAAUUGGUAAUUUAAAAAAUAGUAAUCAUUGUUGCAAAAUAGCAAUAAUUUCGAAAAAAAAACAUACAAAAACAAGUAUUCGCAUUUUACGUUUUUCAACCAUUUAUGCUAAACUUACUACCUUCAUAUUUUAACCAGAAGAACCUUAUGAUAUACUAUAACAACACUGUAAAUUUCAUUAAGAUCGGUUUAACAGAUUUUGCAAAAUAAAUUUGCAAUCUAGCUUUCGCAAAAAAAAUUCAUUUUUUUUUAAUGUUGCAGGACUGAAAAUAAAGCAGAUAGCACGUUGAAUUUUUUUUGCUUAUAGAAGUGUACUAUACCUUUCAUUUGCAAUUUGCAAAAUUAAAAUCGAUUAAUUAACACGGCGUCAGGAAAUUUUUUAAAUAUUCAUUAAUUUUUGGUGCUACGCGCAGGACAGCGGUGUUCGAUUCACACAAGUUGAUUUCCACCAAAAUUUCUUCGAAUCUUUGUCUAAUAUAUUAUUUUGUUACUCUAUAUUUUGUUGUAUUUUAAUAUUUUAAUUUCACAAAAAUCAAACUAAUUGUAUUAUUGUUUGUGAAAUAUUGUUUAAACAAUUGCAUAUGUUUAAAAAUAAUAAACUUUUAUUCUCUAAGUUAAAAUAUAUGAACAAAGCAAGUUUUUGCUAAAAAAAGUGUUAUUUCAAAGGAUGGAGUAGGUGUUUUUAUUUUGCAAUAAACAAAUUUAUUUAUUUAUAUCGAAAUGUAAUAAAAAUUAAAAUGUAUCAAUCAUUAUCAAAGGUCAUUGGAAUGCCCAAUCAGAGCAAACUAUCCGCUGUCCUGCGCGUAGCACCAAAAAUUAAUGUUUAUUUAAAAAAAUUCCUGACGCCAUAGUAGUUAAUCCAUUUUAAUUUUGAAAAUUUCAAAUGAAAGGUACAGUACACUUCUAUAAGCAAAAAAAUCAACUUGCUCCCUGCUUUAUUUUCAGUUCUGUAUAAUUUUGAAAAAAUGAAUUUUUUUGCGAAAGCUUGAUUGCAAAAUCUAUUGAAUCGAUCUUAAUGAAAUUUACAGUAUUGUUUUACUGUAUCAUAAAGUUUUUCUGGGUGAAAUAUGAAGGUCCUAAGUGUAGCAUAAAUGGUUGAAAAACGUAAAAUGCGAAUACUUGUUUUUGUAUGGUUUUUACGCAAUUAUUCCUAUUUUGCAACAAAGGUGACUAUUUUUUAAAUUUUUAACUAAUUCUGUAUUUUAGGAAAUUUAAUUACGCAACUUCUAUGUCAGUACAACUUUUCUCGGAAAUGAAUACUUUUAAAGUUAUAAUCAAAAAACGAAGAAAAAAUCGAGUUUUUCCUUUAUUUUUGACAUUUUGAUUAUUUAAACAAUGUUCCGGACCUUUUUGAAAGGGAGGAUAACUCAAAUAUUAUUAUUUGAGUUAUUUUCAAGCAAUUUCUGCAAAAAAAAUUGAGUAACCUCUCAACGUCCAAAUGUACUAAUAUUUUUACAGAUGCGCCCUGGUCUAUAACUCCCUCUAAACAUAUCUAAAAUAUUAUAAAUCAGAAAUGUUUCUUAGUGAGAUAUAUUGUAAAACAGAAAUAUUUUUGAUUAAAUUAAUGUUGUGCUUUUCUUUUCCUCAAUAUCUCUGUGUUUCUUGAACGGUUUUUAUGCGAUGUUAAUUUGAUGAUAAGGUUACCAUACUAUAUUAUCUUUUCUUCUUGUAAAAACUGUAUAUUUCGUUAAAUGAUACAUCUUAAGACGCUGUAUAUACAAAUAUCUGGACGAUAGUCGAGUAUAUCUGCGUCUUUACAUCUCUUGUUAACGAUCCUUUUUUAAACUAGGUCAGCUCGAUGCAAAACUGUAGAUGUUGUGUACAACUCUUAUUUAACACAGAAACUAUUUAUAAUAUUUGUUAAUCAAUAUAUCCGUGUUAUGUUAUGAAACACUCCGUAAAAUAUUGUCGGAUGUAGGACCGAUGUGCCGAGGAGGAAUCAGGCGACAGAGUUACCUAUACUUUAAACCUAGCUAAAAAUCGGAUCGCUAACAGGAGCACUUAACAGUUUUUCUAAUGGACAGAUAUUAUUAAUGCCAGCCUAUUAUCACAUAAUGCAUAUAACCAGUUCAAUAGUAAAUAAUAAGCUAGUCAAUUUUAUCAAUAGUAAUAAUGGGAAAUAAUUUUUUGAAAUUCUCGUGCCUUAAUCUUGCUCAAUAAUUUUUUCGACAAUAUCUGUUUUAAAAUUUACUGAAUAAUAUGCAAUUAAAUGUGGUAUAGGUGUUUCACUCGUAAAAAAUUACUGAGAAAGAUUUUGAAAGAAUCGGCAAACAAUUAUGUUGCACAUAUCAUUGUUUCUAUUUGCAAAAUGUUAGCAUCUCAAUAACAUUAAAGUAUUUUGUUUGUUUUGUUUAAUAAAGUGUGAUUAUUA